AUGCCUGUAAGAUGGAACAUUGAUGACUUGAAGGGUGAACUGACUUCCAUGGCUACUUUGCUGGAGAGAAGAGGCAAAACCACACAGAUGUCAAUGGCCUUGGCCAAACAAUUCUGUAGCAAGCUUGAAGCAGCUGCCUCUGAGUUGGGUGCUGCUGCCCUUUUGAGUCUCUCUGACCACCUUGCUGAGACCAACUUGCCUGAGGAUUGUGUAGACCAGAUCACCCAGACCUUGGACAAUGUCUGCGUGAUGGAUGGUAGUGGCCAGUCAGCUCUGAAACUGACUACCAAAGCUCAGACAUGUGAUCACUUGGAGAACUUCUUGACAGGCAAGGACUGGACAGCUUUGGAGACUGAAGGUCUUUGGCCUGGAGUCCAUGUCCUGGUGAAAAGAUUGAGACUGAUUGGCAUUACCUCUCUCAAGGAAUGUGUCAAGAAGAUUAGUUUGGGUAUCUUGGUGCUGAUGGAGCUCCAGAGAUCAGGAGGUAGGAUGCCCAAGUACAUAGAAAUUUACAACUUGGGUACACACUUCAGCCAAGCUUUCAAUGCCAGCAGUGUGGUGGCACCCAAAGGAGUCAGACCUCUGCUGAACUACCCUGCCUGCCCACAAAUGAUCUCUCAAGACUUCAUUGACUUGGCCUAUAGCCAUGAUGAUCCCCCUGUGGACAAGGUUUUGGAAGACCUCAACUAUUUGAUCCUGAACCACAUUCCAGUGAGGUCUACCAGCAAGCUACUCAAAGAUGAGGCUGAAACUGAACAGAGGGCUGCUUCUGGAAGGCACCCUGUCAAGUCUUCCAAGCUGAAGGCCCCCAGUGGGUGCAGCAAAGAAGAGCAGGCAGCCUACCACUUGCAUGAAGCCCAGAAAUUAAUGGCUUUGAACGAUGUUGAUGAGCACCCAAAGAGCACUGACUCUGACAACUUUAAAGUGCAGAGGGAAAGAGCAGUGCUGUUCAGACCACCUUCUUUCUCCAAAAGGUUGGAGCAGGCAGCCUUGCCUGUCACUGCUCAGCUAGCCCUGCCUGCUUCUGCCCCAGUAGAGCCCAAGACUGCUGAAGCCCCUGCUGCCCAAACUGUGCCUGAAGAAGCUACAGCACCCAGUGUGGACCCAGCCAAGCAGGCAAAGGACAAAGCAGCAGUUCAGCCUGCAGAUGCUAAAAGCAUUGAAGAGUUGGAAGAAGAGAACUUCAGAAGAUUGACAGCCAAAAAGAGACCAUGCCCAAAGAAGGAAGCCAAGCAGAAGGAUCAGCAGGCUUUGCUGUCUGCUGAAUAUCCUUAUGGGCAAUUGAAAUGUAUGAUGGAUUUGGAGGCCACUGAUGGUGCCACCAUUCAACUGCCUGUUUUGAACUUGAAGAGCUACAUGGCAGCUUUGUUUGAUGAGAGUCCUUCCUAUUCAUCUUUGCUGCUGAGAACCAAGAGGAGCACUCUGGAACAUCCUUGGGGGUUGGUGAUGUACAUGGAUGAAAUCACUCCUGGAAAUGUCCUUUCUGGAAGGUUGACCAGAAAGUCUUGGUGCAUCUAUGGCACAAUGCUUGAUUUCACUUUGGAUGAUUUGUCUCAUGAGCUAGCUUGGAUGCCUUUGGCUCACAUUAGAUCUACAGUUGUGGACAAGCUCAAAGGAGGAGUUAGUCAACUUUUUGCAGCUGUUCUGAAAUCAAUCUUCCUUGAUGGGCAAUGUGACCCCAGAUUGGGUCUUUUGUUGCCUAGAACUUCUGGUGAUUCCUUGAAGAUUUAUUUUGAUUUGAAAACAAUUUUGCAAGAUGGAGGUAGUCGCAAAUUCUGCUGGUCUUACAAGGGUGAUGCAGCUUUGAGGCCUUGCCUUUUGUGUAAUAUACACACUGACACUGGGGAAGAUGCCAUGGAUGAUGAAGAGGUGAAUUUGACAACUUGUUUGAAGUACAGUGAUUUGAGAAUAUUCACAUCAGAUGACAUUUUGUCUUCAUUUGAUAGACUGGAUGCCAAAAGGUUGGAAAUGACCAAAGUCGACUUUGACAAUUGGCAGAAAGCUGUGGGAAAGACCUGGCAGCCCAAGAUUUUGCCUUUGGACCCAGACGUUCGAUCCAAUACACUCUUGGCACCAGCUUCCCAGUAUGCACAUGACUGGAUGCAUUGCUGUUUGUCAAAUGGUACAUUUGCAGUGGCUUCCUAUCAGCACUUCAAUGCCUUGGACACUUCAGCUUGGGAAACUUUUGGUGAAUAUCUGGGACAUUGGUUUUGGCCAACACACUUGGGCAUGAAACAUUUGCCAGAACUUUUCCAAGCCAAGAAGAUCAAGAAAUACAAGACAAACAAAAGGUUCAACCCUGGUGCAAGUGAAGCCCUCAGUCUCCUGCCCAUUUUGGUCUUUUGGUGUAGGAAGGUGCUAUUGCCAAGCAAUUUUGCUCCUCGUCCAGUUCAAGCUUUCUUGGCAGUUGCAGAAGUGAUCUUCAUUUUGCAUGAGGGGCAGCUCUGGGGUAUGGCUGCAAGAGAUUCUUUGCAAAAGGCUGUGGAGCACAGCCUUCAGCUUGCACAUGAAU